CAGAAAGGACUUAUUGACUUCUAUCUUUUGCAAGUUGUAUUUCCAAGGGAGGUGAAUGAAUUUCCUUAUAAACUAUAUACUUCUGCGUGGGAUCUGCUCUUAAAGUCUGACCAGCCACUUACUACUGGCUUUAGUGGGACUAAUAAUAACCAGUUUCUUCUAUUAUAUUCUGCGCCGUAG